CUGAAUGGGGCUGGGAUUUGCUGAGAGGCGCGCUUGCUGUCUGCUGCUCCCGCCCGUCUUAGGGCGAGAGGGGACAGGCAGGGAUGCCCCUCCUGAGCUAAGGGGUGAAGAAUGAAAUGAUCAGCCCAGGGCUCAGAGAGGUAAUGAUCUCCCAAGGUCACACCACUGGUGCCGGUGACAUGGCUGCUCCCCAGGCUUUCCCACUGGGACCCCUCCAUGAGCCUUCAGGUGCCCAGAUGGAGUCCCAGCCCUGCCUUCAAAGCUUGGCUGGGGGCUUCCUGGGGGAGGAGCUUCGGCUUAAUGCUGAGCUGAGCCAACUGCAGUUUUCAGAGCCUGUGGGCAUCAUUUACAAUCCUGUGGAGUAUGCAUGGGAGCCACAUCGCAACUACGUGACCCGUUACUGCCAGGGCCCCAAGGAAGUACUGUUCCUGGGCAUGAACCCAGGACCCUUUGGCAUGGCCCAGACUGGGGUGCCCUUUGGGGAAGUGAAUAUAGUCCGGGACUGGUUGGGCAUUGGGGGGCCUGUGCUGACCCCAUCUCAAGAGCACCCUAAGCGACCAGUGCUGGGACUGGAGUGCCCUCAGUCAGAGGUGAGCGGUGCCCGAUUCUGGGGCUUUUUCCGGAAUCUCUGUGGACAGCCUGAGGUCUUCUUCCGCCACUGUUUUGUCCACAACCUGUGUCCUCUGCUCUUCCUGGCUCCCAGUGGGCGCAACCUCACCCCUGCUGAGCUGCCUGCCAAACAGCGAGAACAGCUUCUUGGGGUCUGUGAUUCAGCCCUCCGCCGGCAGGUGCAGUUGCUGGGGGUACGGCUGGUGGUGGGAGUGGGGCGGGUGGCAGAGCAGCGUGCACGGCGGGCUCUUGCUGGCCUGAUGCCCGAGGUCCAGGUGGAGGGGCUCCUGCACCCCUCACCUCGUAGCCCACAGGCCAACAGGGGCUGGGAGGCACUGGCCAAGGAGCGACUGAAUGAAUUGGGGCUGCUGCCACUGCUAAUGAAAUGAGUACCCCUAUGGUCUGGGGUAGGACACAUUCAAGGCCCCUAAGUCAUUCUUGGGCAAGCAAAUGACUACAUGCCUCCUGGACCAGAGCAACAAGAACCUCCUCGGCUCUCUGGUUGCUGGGACCCAGCACAGAAGUUCUGACACUACUCGUGCUUACCCUGCUGAUUCUCACUUUCUUUACCUUCUUCACCUUCUGAGUGUUGUCUCAUUGGUCCUGUGGUACCUUAACUCCACAGAGGACCAGCACCUGAAGAUUGCUCUACCUCAGUUUCCUUGGGAGCCUCUGUCCAGCUGCAAGUGACCUAAACAAUGACUUCUGAGGUUGUAUUUGCUGUUUCAGAGAAAAGAUUUUGCCAGAUUCCCCCAUCCUCAUAGACCAGCUUCUGUCAAGCUGACUCCUUUCCUAACAGGGACCAGGACAAAGCAUGGGAUGUGGAUGGUAAGAGUAAACUUAAUGGGGGACUGAGGCUGGCUCAGAGAGAGAGAAUUCAGUGUGAGAUUAGGAAAGGCCAGAAGACCUGGAUUUUCAUCCCAGCUUUGAGACUUGUGAACUUUGUGACUUUGGACAACUUGAUUAACUGCUUCAAGCCUCAGGAUCCUUAUCUAUAAUACAGGGACCCCUACCUCAAGGGGUUGGUGUGGAGAUUCACUGAGAUAACACUAGAAAGUGCUUUACUUAGUGCCUGGCACAUAGGUGCUCAUUACACCUCUUCUUGCUUUCUUGCCUCUGGGUUGGGGAGUCCCUGCACUACAGAGGAAGCUCCUCCACUCCAAAGGCUUUGCUGGGGGUGGGGAGGUCUGGGCCUCCCCCUGUGGCCUGGGUGAGGGGCAGAUUCUUGCCCUGGCAGAGUUGGCCCUAUGACUUUAUGAAAAACCAAGCCUGUGAUUUUUCAGUCUAAGCAUUAAAAACUCCUAAACA